CCCUCCCGUCCAACGUGGGCUUUGUUUACAAAAACAACAUCCACGCCGUGCGGCGGCCUUUGAUAAGAGGUUUUCCACCCCAGCCAACGAAGGGCGCCACCCACCCAUGAAAAACUCGGAGAGUCGCAGAGAGAGCGAGUGAUUUGAGAGCUAAAUAAAGUUGAGCGAUUUUUCCAAGUGCGUGGUGUAAACAAACAUUAGUCACUGUUCUGGGCAAGUGCUGUUAGUGUGUGCAGGCUGUGCAAAUUUAGUUUGAAUAGGCUCGUUUUAGCGUGCUUAAAAUAAGGAUUUUCCGUUUCCAGUGCCAAAUUCUGGUUUCCGAAAGUGGGCUUCCGGUGUGAGGUAUUGUGAGUUUAAAGGAAAACGUGUGCAAAUUUCGCGAAUCGCGACGACAACACCAAAACACGAUUGGAAAAAGCAGAGGCAGUCGCGCGUUCGUCCCCGACCAGUUUGCAACGACCGGGAGUGGCCACCUUCGCCGUGCGGUUUUCCCGACCCGGCCCCAAACACGGCACGGCUUCAAAAUAGGUCAACCGCAGAGUUCCCGGUUUAACGAGCACGUGCAGUCCGCGAUGAACGAGGGCGCCGAAAUCGUGGUCAAAAAGGUGGCCGGCCACAUCCCCAAGGGCAGCAUCCCGAAGAACCCGCCCAAGCCGAAGGACCAUCACCAUCCGCACCACCACGCACUGUCCACGUACCGGUUGACGCGCGAGGACAUCUCCGGCGGACCGGUCAACCUGGACCAGAUCGAGCCGGGCCUGUGGCUGGGCAACGUGACGGCGGCGGCCGACCUGCCCACGCUCGAGAAGCUCGCCAUCCGGAGCGUGCUGACGAUCGAUUCGUGUCCGCUGCCGGCGCACGUCACCGAAAAUCCCGGCCUGCGGGUCAAGUACAUUCAAGCUUCCGAUGUGCCAAGAGAGGAUUUAAUCAAACAUUUUGAGGAAACCAACAAGUUCAUCCGGGAUAGCCUGGCCGAGGAGCGGAAUGUUCUUGUGCAUUGCUACUUUGGGGUCAGCCGCAGCGCCACCAUCGUCAUCGCGUACAUGAUGGACAAGUACCGGCUCAGCUACGAGGCGGCCCUGCACCGGGUCAAGUCCCGGCGCCGGUUCGUGCUGCCCAAUCCGGGCUUCAUAACGCAGCUGAAGCUGUUUGCCCUCAUGAACUACACCAUCGAUCCGCAGAACGACCGGUACAAGCUGUUCCGUCUCAAGCUGGCCGCGGACAACGUGCGCAAGGCAAAGCGCCUCCCGGUCAACUGCAUGGACGUGGUCAAGCCGGACCCGGCCGUCACGCAGGAAUCCCCGGAACCAAUCGUGUACCGGUGCCGCAAAUGCCGGCGGGUGGUCGCCCGCAAGAGCAACCUGCUGAUGCACAAACCGAAACCCGCGGGGGCGUCGGGCGGCCAUCACUCGACGUCAUCGCCGGCCAAGUACGCCUCCCUGGGAGACAUUACGGACACCGAGGGCGAUGAAUCACCGCCGCCAGUGGUGAAGGAGGACGACGCAGAGGGUGACCAGGAGGUGGCCACGGGAAGUGGAGAGGAACCGGUGGCGCAGGAACCCGAGUCGGAACCUCCGAAGGAUGGCCUGUCGUACGUGACGGAACACAUGCGGCGAAGCUCGAUCGGAAGUGACCACAGCCACGACCGGUCCUCGUCGGAGAAGGACGGAAUGUGCCGCAAGAUUUUCUUUAUCGAGCCGCUCGCCUGGAUGACGGACAUCUUCCACAACACCCAGGGCCGGCUGUACUGUCCCAAGUGUACGGUCAAGCUGGGGAGCUUCAACUGGGUCAUGGCAACCAAAUGUCCGUGCGGGGCGGAGAUCUACCCGGCGUUCUAUCUGGUGCCCUCGAAGGCCGAGUACUCGACGGUCGUGCAGAACGUACAGGUGACGGUGUAAUCGAAUAUACGCUAGCCAGCAA